UCUGCAGAGGCUGAUCAUUGAGCCUCAGUCAGUGUGUGUAUGUGUAUGGGUAGUGCUGGUCGUUUUGUUGUGUGUUAAGAGGAUUUUUCUCUGGCUCCAUGAAGACUCCAGUUCUUCUGUGCAUCCUGCUCUUUUCUCAGAGCUGGGCUUUCGAGUUUAUCAUCGAUGGGGAGUGGGAAAGUGAAAUGUCAGGUCCUUUGGAUCAGUACCACAAGUCUGGGAGAUACAGGAGAAAUGUUUUGACCAGUGGAGAAGAAGAGAAUUUUGAGGCAAUUCAAGGCAGUGACAUCACAGUUAAGAGCUAUAAGGUGGAGAGCAGAAUCACGUCGCGGUUCGCUCACACCACAGUCAAGAGCUCUGUGGUCAACUCAGGCCCAAAGGCCCAGAGCAUCGGCUUCAACGUGCAGAUCCCCAAACGGGCCUUCAUUAACAACUUCACCAUGAAUGUCAAUGGGAUCACAUUCGUCGGCUCAGUGAUGGAGAAGAUAGUGGCACGAAACCUUUACGCUCAAGCAAGAGCUCAUGGGAAAGCAGCCGGCAUCGUCAGAACUAACUCUCAAGCAAUGGAGACCUUUAGGACAGAGGUGCAUGUUCCUCCAGGCAGCAAAGUGGAGUUUGAGCUACACUAUCAAGAAAUGAUGCAGAGGAAACUGGGCGAAUACCAGCAUACUUUACACAUCCAACCUGGACGCCUGGUUCCACUGCUGCAGGUUGACGUGUAUAUAUUUGAGCCUAAAGGUAUCAAGUUUGUCACGGCCCCUAACACACUGGGAGAGCAAUUUUCAGAUAUAACUAAAAUCACCCGCACAAAAGACAAAGCCCACGUUGUGUUCAGACCAACUCUGCAGCAGCAGCGAAAGUGUGAAAACUGCACGGAAAGUGCAGUGGAUGGCAUGUUCACUGUGAAAUAUGAUGUGGAGAGAGAGAGCAAUGCUGGAGAACUUCAGGUGUCUGAUGGUCAUUUCGUUCACUUCUUCGCUCCAUCUGAUCUCACACCUCUUUCGAAAAACAUAGUUUUUGUUAUUGAUGUGAGUGGAAGCAUGUGGGGGCUGAAGAUGAAACAGACAGUGGAGGCGAUGAAGGCUAUUCUGGAGGAUCUGUCAAUGGACGACUACUUCAGCAUCAUAGAUUUCAAUCACAAUGUCCGUUGCUGGAGUGAAGAUCUGGUACAAGCUUCCUCCAUCCAGGUGGACGAAGCUAAGAAGUACAUCCAAAGCAUCAAGCCCAAUGGAGGCACAAACAUCAAUGAAGCUUUACUGAGAGCAGUGCAGAUGCUGGUGAGAGCGUCCAAUCAGGGACUGAUCGACCCACGUUCUGUCUCUAUGAUCAUCCUGGUAUCAGAUGGAGACCCAACAGUGGGAGAAAUAAAGCUGAGCACUAUUCAGAAAAACGUGAAACGCGUGAUGAGGGAGGAUUUUUCCCUGUUCUCUCUUGGUAUUGGCUUUGAUGUUGACUUCGACUUCCUGGAGCGAAUUGCCAUGGACAACAGGGGCGUUGCCCAGAGGAUUUACGCCAAUCAUGAUGCUGCGGAGCAGUUAAAGGCAUUUUACAGUCAGGUCUCCUCUCCUCUCCUGAGGACCAUCACCAUUCAUUUUCCUGAGAACACCGUGAAUAACGUCACUCAGAAUCGUUUUGACAAGUUCUUCAGUGGUUCUGAGCUGAUAGUGGCUGGAAAACUCCAACCAUCAGACCUCACCACGCUGCAAAGCUUCACCACCGCUUCUGCUGCCAACAUGGACAUGAACAUUCAGACAGAGGCGUAUAUUCAGGAGUUGGACUCUGCGCUCAGCACACAUCAACAUUCCUUCAACGGAUUUGCUCGGCAGAUGUGGGCCUACAUUACUGUCAAUCAGCUAUUGGCCGAACGCUCUCUAGCUUCUACUGCGAACAAGAAGCGUAAGAUCACUCAGCGGAUCGUGGCCCUGUCUCUGGAGCAUCAGUUUGUGACCCCUCUCACUGCCAUGCUGGUGGAGGGUCAAGACCAGGGGAGGACUGAACGACUGAUCGCAGACUCACCCAAAGACUCCAAACACGGCUGCUGCUCAGCCACUGCUUCUUCAUCUGGAUCAGUUCCAGUGCGACAGUUAGUCUAUCAAAAGCCUCCUUGGGUUCUGCCUACACCUGCUCCAACUCUUGGAGAAGCAACUGGAACACAUGAAAUUAUUCCUAAUCACGUCAUUAUUGUGGACAAUGACCCACACUUCAUCAUUCACUUACCCAGAAGCAACAUGGACAUCUGCUUCAACAUUGACUCCAAACCUGGACACAUCCUCAACCUGGUUUCAGAUCCUGGAACAGGAGUCACAAUCAACGGUCAGUUGGUUGGGUCUAAGAAGAUGAAGAACAAUAAAAUAAACACAUAUUUCGGCACCAUCUCCAUAUACUCUAAAACAGACGGUGUGCAGGUUAUAGUAGGAACCAACAGAAUCGACCUGAUGGAAGGCAGGAACAAUCACUCCUUCUCUUGGGGAGCCACAGUUGAACUGAUGCUUAACAGGAUGAAGGUGACCAUAGUGAAGGAGCAACAGGUUACUGUGGAGAUUGAUGGGAGGAUUUCAGUGAUGGUACUUUUGCAUCGGGUGUGGAAGAAGCAUCCUGUGCAGGUUGACUUCCUGGGCAUUUACAUGUCCAGUGACAACAAAUACUCUGCAAAGGUUCAUGGUCUCAUUGGUCAGUUUGCACAGGAGCCAGAGGUGAAGGUGUACGGUGUGCAUGAAGGAGCAGACCCAAAGAAGAAAGAGGCCAUAAUGGAAGUGAAAGGCAACAAACUGUCUGUUACCAGGGGCUGGCAGAAGGACUACAGGCGUGACAAGAAACGAGGUUCAGAUGUCUACUGCUGGUUUGUCCAUAACAGUGGGAAAGGCUUCGUUGAUGGCAGUUACACCAACUAUAUCCUCCCUCAACUGGACAGCUUCCUGAGUGCUCUCUGAGAGCACGAGUCUGCCUUACGCUAGUUGCUAAGAGAGAAAAAGAGGCUGAUGGGUAGAAAUCUGUUAUUUUAUAUAAGCCAUAAGAACCACCAAAAAAAUGGAAAGUAGCCAUUUGAAAAAAAGGUUUUUAAUACUACAAGAAAAUAUAUACAAAACAUGGGGAAACAGUGCUGUACAUCAACCAAUUGAACUGUACUUAAUUAUUAAUUAAGCCAAUUAAACUUCAAAACCAUCAAAAUGUUAAUGUAUUAUACCACUUCUGACUUGACUGUUUGCAGUGAAACAUUUAAUUGAAUCACUUAAGUUUGAAUAAUUAAAUAUUUUAUUCAUAUGCAACCAUUUUCAAUUACAACAAAGAUAACAAUGAAAAAAACCCCAAAACAAUAAAAACCAUUGGUCGAUUUGUUCCAGUAUGUAAA